AUGAAACGCAAAGCAAACAACAAUGACAGUGUCACUAUUAACAAUAAUGAUAUGACGAUCGAAGGUAUACCAGUGGCCGUCACCAAUAUGACACAGAGCGACAACAAUGUUCGAUCGACCCACUGGUCCACUCUCAUCUGUGAUGCGAAUCAGACUCUUGUCAGAAUAACCAAAUUUGUUUCCUCAAACACACGCUGUACUCUCCAUCAAAAAAUCAUUGAUCAUAUGAAUAACCAGACUGGUGUAUCUAUUAGUAAAGUGAAACAAACAUCAGACGACGCAUAUAUCGCCAAUCAUCAAACAAUUGCAACUCCAAAAUCUUUAUCAUUCUCUCCGAAAUCUCUGCAAAUUAUUUCCAUAGAAGAAAUACAAAAACUCGAAGACGAACAGUAUGUGUCAUUCAAUUGCAAGAUACUCGACGUUGGAGAAGAAGAGAAAAUUUCAUUCUACAACAACUCAAAGAAAACCGAGAAAACGAAACUAACAGCAACAGCGGGUGACGAAACACAGUGUAUAAAAAUCAACCUUUGGGAAGGUCACUUGAACAAGAUCAAGAAAAACCAGUGUUACAAAGUCAAAUUGAUGAAAACGAAGACGUUCAACAAUGAAAUAUCGCUAACUACAACGGUGUAUACAACUUUUGAAGAAAUUAAAGAUUUAGGACCUAUUGAGUGUACUGAUCUCCCAUCGAUUUCAAACAACUUAACAAUCAGUGGCUUCAUUACUUCAAUAGGAUUUUCUGAAACGAAUCUCACCUGCCCCAAAUGCUUUUCGAAUCAAGUAGAAACUACUGAAAAGACAAUCAAAUGUUUGACCUGCAAAACACGGUCAAUACUUUCCAAACAAGAUGACGAUCACAAGAAAAUCAAAACUACAAUUUCGACGGAAAGUAGACAAUCGUUCGAUCUUAUAACCGAGUUAAGCAAAAUCAAAGUUUUAUUAGAACAAUUGGAUCAUUCGGAACUAUGCCAACGAGAUUUGGUUGAAGAUGAAGAAGUCAUCAUUAUCCUGACUUCCAAUCCUGUCUCGGUCAAUUUCAACGUACGAACGAACAACAUUAUCAACAUGGAGAUCUAUCAGGCUAAUGAAGGAUAA